CCUAUAAAUACUGACGUCACGUUACAGAAGACAGGAAAUUCCAACAGAGACGGCCGUGUGCCUCACAGCUCCCGAGCUGCCGACAAAUUUACAGUCUUAAAGAACCCUUCAGAAGAAAGAAAACUCUAAGGAAGCGUGAAGAACAUGGGAACAGUUCCGCAGCCAAUCAGGAGGAAGCUGGUGGUGGUGGGGGACGGCGCGUGCGGGAAAACGUGCCUGCUCAUCGUCUUCAGAAAUGAUGAGUUCCCAGAAGUCUACAUUCCAACUGUCUUCGAGAACUAUGUAGCAGACAUCGAAGUGGACGGAAAACAGGUUGAGCUUGCUCUGUGGGACACAGCUGGACAAGAAGACUACGACCGCCUGCGACCGCUCUCCUAUGGUACGUACGAGACUGACGUACUUCUCGUCUGCUUCGCUAUCGACAACCGAGACAGCUUCGUCAACGUCGCCGACAAAUGGGUACCGGAAAUCAAGAACUACUGCCCCAAAGCACCUUUCCUAUUGGUCGGGAACAAGAAGGACUUGAGAACGGAUAAAGCUCGCAGGAAAGAGUUGGCGGAAAUGAAGGAAGAGGUUAUCUCGACCGAGGAAGGGCUAGAGAUGGCGAAGAAGGUCGGCGCUACCGCGUACAUCGAGUGUUCGGCCAAGACGAGAGAGGGGGUUCGCGAUGUCUUCGAGUCGGCCACUCGCGCAGCACUCCAGAAGAAAAAACAAAAGACUACUGCCUGUUGUGUAUUAAUGUAGCACUUGCCUAAUCAACAGUUCGUAGGGUAGGUAUAGAAUAGAAUGCUGGUACUGUGGAAUCUUCAGAUAGAAGCUUUGUGUACACAAGGAAGCACUGACUGUUCUGUCUGUAACUAUACCAAUAUAGAUUAUGUUUGCCCUUCCAAAGAAGCAACAACUAGUACAGUAGAAGUCGGUUAAUUGCACGCCCCAUUUGCCAGCGUAUUUCGUGCAAUUAUCCGGGUG